AUGGCACCUAGAUUCAAAGAUGGUGACGCGGUGGUUGCCAUCAACGGCAAAUGGGUAUCGUGGACUCACACCGUUCUCGCGUACGCUGCGUUUCUGAGCGCAUUGAUUGUUGGCUGUCUACUGCACUAUCACAAGAUCGUUCAGAACGAGCACUAUGGCUACCCCGAUGAAUGGUUCCCUUCAGUUUCCGCAACAAUUGGUGAUCGAUAUCCCGAGCGAUCUUUCUUCCAGGUCUUCAUCGCCAUGACCUCGGGUCCUCGUUUCGCCCUCGUCUUCCUGUGGUACGUGCUCACUGCACGCCCUAACUCGACUUUGCCGAAGAUCGUCGCUGGCGUUGGCAUCUUUCGAACCCUGACUUGUGGAGGAUGGACCUAUGUCACCUCUACCGACGACCACGACUGGCACGAUAUCUUCAUGAUCUCCUAUCUGGUCGCAACUCUACCAUGGACACUUGGCUGUCUUGCGCUCAGCCCCAACAACCGACGGGCCGUGAAGUAUCGCAAGAUUAUGGCUGGGCUGUUCUUUGGAACCUUGGUUCCCUUGAUCUAUUACUUCAUCCAACACAAGGUUCACAAGGUCGCGGGAGCAUACACGCGGUACGCUUUCUUCGAGUGGUCCCUUAUUCUAUUCGACGUCGGAUUUGACGCCAUUACUGUGCUCGACUUCGAAGGAUUUGAGAUUGUCGUCCGGGAUACCAAGGGAAUGAGCAGAGGUCAACUGAAAACCACUGCAGACAGUGUCCUCGAAAAGGAGAAGGGCAAAGUCGUGGGCAACACCUUUGGCGAAGGCUUUUUCUGGACUGAGAUUGUUGACGCUGCUGCGGAUGUGUACAAUGGGUUCGUUUUCUGGACCGUUGUCACUGGUCUGCCGGUGCUAGUGUGGUAUUUCCCGCUUUGGCACAUGGGAAUUUCCGGCUACGAGGUAGCCAUCACGGCUGUUAUUUCCCCAUUCUUCCUGGUCAUUCCCUCCUUGAGGCAGCUUGCAAUUCGAAACUUGCGCCUGCUUCACCUGAUUUCGCUAUCCGGGCUUUUGGCCUACAAUUUCCAAGAUCCUGCCAACCGUCUGUUCGUGACCACCUUCUCGCUGGCCGUGACUUGCACGGCAUGGACUGCUACUUUCUUCGCGGAGCGAGCCAAUGCACCUCGGUUGGAGUCCCGCAUUUUGGCCUGGGGUAUUGGAUUGAUCAUGUCUACCAUUGCCAAGUUCGCCUGCGCGACGAACAACCCCCUGUGGCCCAUUAUGCAUGGUGAUAACGGAGGCUGGAACAAGAUUGGUCUCUUCCUGGCUAUCUUCGCCGUUCUGCGCUCCCAGCGCCCUGGAACUACCAGCGGUGGUGACUACCUGCCUUCCGGUGGCAAGAAGGGCUCUGCUGUCUUGGCUGGUUUUGGGUUUGGAGGUUUGAUGUUCAUGAUUGUCUCUCUCUUGACUGAUUCUAGCACCAUGAUCUCUUGGGUCUGGGAGGGUUACCCUGUCCGUGGACCGAUUGCUGUGCCCCACGGUGCCGUCACUAUUUUUGCUAUGGGCGCUGGCCUUGUCUAUGGCGUCUUCAACCCUGCGAUCGCUGGAACCUGGACUGCUUACGGUCUGGGCUCUGUUGGUGCGGCGCUUCUGACCUACUAUCAUCAUUGGACCGGAUUCUAUGGCGGUCUUUUCCUUGCUUUCUAUAUCAUGGCCGUGGCUCCAGUCCUCAUCAGCUCCUGUGUUCGCCACGGUCCUGCUAGCACCUUUGGCAUUGGCUUCCUGCUUUAUGUCUUCCUUUUGCUCUUCCACGUCUGGGUGGUUGCGUACGCUUUCGUUCCAGGUGGUCCUCUUGUGCGUGAACAUACUGACUGGCUGAUGAUGACAACUAUGCUCGCCAUUGGAGCCGGCGUUUUCUCUGCUGCUACCUCGAACUCGAGCCGCAAAACCCGCAGGAAACCCUUGAGCCCCAACAGCAAGCGUCAGCGUUCCUACUAUGUCUAUGUCCUGGCCGCUCUCCAAUUGUUGUCUGUCUCCAUCGCCUACCUGCGCUUCCCAACCAACGACUACCUUCCCCACCAUAAGGAAGACAAGGUUGUCACUGCUGGCAUCUGGACUGUUCACUUUGGACUUGACAACAACAUGUGGGCCGCUGAGCGCCGUAUGCGGGAUGUGCUUGGUGAACUUGAGCUAGAUGUGAUCGGCUUCCUUGAGUCUGACAACCAGCGCAUCAUCAUGGGUAACAAGGAUGUCACCCAAUACAUUGCCGAAGAUCUUGGUUACUACGUUGACUUCGGCCCCGGUCCUAACAAGCACACCUGGGGCUCGGCGCUGCUGUCCAAGUUCCCCAUUGUUAAUUCCACUCACCAUCUUCUUCCCUCCCCGGUUGGCGAGUUGGCCCCGGCUAUUCAUGCGACUUUGGACAUGUACGGCGAGAUGAUCGACGUUGUUGUUUUCCACUCGGGUCAGGAGGAAGAUCCCGAGGACCGCCGUCUGCAAACCGAGUACUUGUCUAAGCUGAUGGGAUCUUCUCCUCGUCCACUCAUUUUGCUUAGCUACCUGGUCACCAAGCCGCUGGAGGGCAACUACAAUACCUACGUCAGUGAACUGAGCGGCAUGAAGGAUAUCGACGCCAGCGAUUGGGAUCGCUGGUGCGAGUAUAUCCUCUACAAGAGGUUGAAGCGUACUGGUUAUGCUCGUAUCAGUCGUGACACGAUCACCGACACUGAGAUUCAGGUUGGAAAAUUCGUUAUCGGGGAGCCCGAGCCGGAAGAAGACGUUCGUGUUUCUGAGGAUCAAGUCCCCGUUGGUCGUCGCUUCCCAGCGCUCUUCCGCGGCCAGGGUGUCCGUGGUCAUAGGUACCACGUGUUCGACGAGCCCCGAUACUGGCAGUGA